AUGGCCGACCAGGUACAAGAAAUCACUCCCACGUCGCAGAACUUGUUGAACGAUAAGUGGGACCUCGUCUUAUCCAACACGUUGAUCAAGACCGGCUUGGGCUUCGGCGGCGGUGUUUUGGCAUCCAUCUUGUUCUUCAAGAGAAGAACCUUUCCAGUGUGGAUUGGUGUUGGAUUCGGGUUGGGAAGAGGCUACUCCGAGGGAGAUGCCAUUUUCAGAUCAGACUACGGCAUCAGAAGCUACAAGGCCUGA